AUGCCAGCUGUUCAAGGACACUGCGAUGAGAAAUUCCACGAGGUCAAAGAUCUGCUGCAGAAAUACAUAGACUCAGGCGAGGAACUCGGUGCCUCCAUCGCCGUCAACUUGAACGGGAAAGAUGUGGUUGAUAUCUGGGGAGGCUACGCCGACCAAGACCGAAAGCGACCUUGGGAAAAGGAUACCAUCACCAAUCUCUUCUCCACCACCAAGACCAUCGCAGCCUUCGCCGUCCUCGUCCUGGUCGAUCGAGGUGCGCUCAGCGUGAAUGACAAAGUAUCCAAAUACUGGCCCGAGUUCGCCGCGAACAGGAAGCAAGACAUUGAAAUCCGCCACAUUCUGUCCCACACCUCUGGGGUGGCUGGGUUCGACACUCCUCUCACUGUCGAGGAAAUCUGCGACUCACCCAGAGUCACCGCACUGUUGGCCGAGCAGGCCCCAUGGUGGGAACCUGGCACGGCAUCAGGAUACCAUUCAUUCACCCAGGGCUACUUGAUCGCAGAGGUUGUCCGGCGGGUAACAGGCAAGUCACUCAAACAGUUCAUCGCUGAAGACAUUGCCACUCCUCUCAAUGCCGAUUUCCAGCUGGGUUGUUCAGAGAAAGACGAGGCGCGCAGGUCGAACGUUAUCCCGCCGCCACCGGCUGGGCCUCCCCCCUUGGAACCUGCCUCGAUUGGGUUUCGAGUCAUGACGAACCCGCCCAUGCGAGCCGAGUUUGCAAACAGUGAGCUGUUCAGAAAGGCUGAAAUCGGGGCCGGGAAUGGGCACAGCAACGCCCACGGAGUCAAUCGCAUCCUGUCAGUCAUCUCCAUGAAUGGCCAAGUCGACGGUAAACAGUUCAUUUCUCCACAGACCAUCGACCUCAUCUUUAAAGAACAAUCAAACGGGCUGGAUCACGUCCUUGCCUUUGGAGCACCCAUACGCUGGGGCAUUGGCUUCGCUCUCCCGACCCAAGGCACUUGGAUUGACUGGCUGCCCUCGGGAAGAGUGUGUACCUGGGGCGGAUACGGCGGGUCGAUGGCAGUGGUGGACUUGGACAGGAAGCUGACCAUUUCGUAUGUGAUGAACAAGAUGGACAAUGUUGGCCUGGGCUCGGACAAGGCAAGGGUCUAUAUUGCAGCGAUAUAUAAAGCCUUGGGAGUGUCUUGA